AUGAGAAAUUUAGUUCUUAGAAAGCCAGAGGUGAGAGUGAACGAUGAUAUUACAAGUAGUCUCAGCUAUGCUUGGCAGCAUAUAAGAGUUCCUGUAAUUGUGCCACUUCUAACCAUUGCAAUCCACAUAUGUGCGGUGAUGUCUAUUAUGCUUUUUGUUGAACGAGUUUACAUGGCGAUUGUCAUCAUAUGUGUAAAGUUGUUGGGGAAGAAAAGAUACACCAAGUACAAGUUGGAUGCCCUGAAGGAAGACCUAGAGCACAACAAAAGCUACCCCAUGGUGUUGAUUCAAAUACCCAUGUAUAACGAAAAAGAGGUUUACAAGCUCUCUAUAGGAGCCUCAUGUGGACUUUCAUGGCCUUCAGAUCGCCUCAUUGUUCAAGUUCUUGAUGACUCCACAAAUGAAGUCCUAAGGGCAUUGGUGGAACUGGAGUGCAGGAAAUGGAUAGAGAAAGGGGUGAACGUGAAGUAUGAGACGAGGAACAACAGGAAUGGGUACAAAGCCGGUGCUCUUCGAGAAGGCUUACAGAAACAGUAUGUGAAAGAUUGUGAAUUUGUAGUCAUCUUUGAUGCAGACUUCCAGCCUGAAGAAGAUUUUCUCUGGAGGACCAUUCCUUAUCUUCUCGAAAACCCGGAAUUGGGUUUGGUUCAGGCCAGAUGGAAAUUUGGUAAUGCCUAUGACAAUGAGAUGUCACUAGACUAUCACUUUAGUGUUGAGCAGGAAGUGGGCUCCUCAACAUGCCAAUUCUUUGGAUUCAAUGGAACUGCUGGUGUUUGGCGAAUUCAAGCAGUGAAUGAUGCUGGUGGAUGGAAAGAUCGGACCACUGUGGAAGACAUGGAUCUCGCAGUCAGGGCUAGCCUCAAGGGUUGGAGAUUUGUCUUCGUGGGGGACUUAGCAGUCAAAAAUGAACUCCCGAGUACUUUCAAGGCUUAUCGAUUUCAGCAGCAUCGAUGGUCAUGUGGCCCAGCUAACCUCUUUAGAAAAAUGACGAAGGAAAUUAUCCUUUGUGAGGGCCUCUGUUACCUCACGCAGCGAGUGUCUGUUUGGAAGAAAUUCCAAGUCAUCUAUGCAUUCUUCUUUGUCAGGAAGAUAAUUGCACACUGGGUCACUUUCUUCUUUUACUGCGUGGUUAUUCCAGCAAGUAUCUUGGUUCCUGAAGUGCAACUUCCAAAGCCAAUAGCCAUAUACAUUCCAGCAGCAAUUACCACGCUGAAUGCACUUUGCACUCCAAGGUGGUACCAUUCCACAUACAACAAAAAGAAGUUCUGUUAA